AUGAAUGAAGAAGAGGAGGAGCAAAAUUUAGACAUUUCCUAUGGAAGUAGCGAUCGUUUAAACCUUUCAAGCAGUAAAGAUGGAGGACUGCAAAUUCCUAAUCUAAAAUUUGAUUUUGCUCAACCGCAAAAGAAGCAGCAAGCAUUUGAAUUUCCGAGUCCCCAAAAUUUGAUGAGUGCCGACACAUCUCUUUCAAAACCAGGCAAAGAAGAUUUUCCUGAUUUCAAUGGUUGGCAGUCAGUUCCCGUAUCAAAUGAUGCUCCUAACUACUAUGGCGAGUUUAAACCACAGUCAUAUAAUCAACCAGAUGAAACAUCCGACCCUGAACUUGCAGCCGUUUUCAACUUAAUAACAGAAUUUAAUCCCGAGCUUACACCGAUGACAAUUCACUUCAAGCCAUUUCUUCCUGACCUUAUACCAUCGAUUGGAGCUAUUGACGCAUUCAUCAAAGUACCAAGACCUGAUGAUGAAUUCGAGCCUUUGGGAUUAACUGUCUUAGAUGAGCCAACAAUUGGUUGUUCUAAUCCACAAGUCCUUCGAAUGGAGCUUAGAGAAAGAUUCGGUGUCACAACAAAUGAAGCUGAUGGAUACAUCGGAAAAAUCGCUGAUCUUGAAAACAAUCAGAAGGAAUUGGAUUCUUGGCUUGAAUCUAUUGAAGAAAUAUACAGAAACAGACCGCCUCCUACGAUUGCUUACUCAUCUGCAAUGCCUGAUUUAGAAGAUCUCGCUCAAGAAUGGCCACAAGUAUUUGACGAAGUACUUCAGUCAGUUCCUCUUCCUUCUGCCGAUUUGGACUUAACAAUUGAAGAAUAUUCAAAAAUUAUUUGUUCAAUUCUUGAUAUUCCUGUGAGAGGUAAUAUUGUGGAGUCUCUCCAUGUACUUUUCUCACUCUAUUCCAUGUUUGAAGACAAUCAAUUCUUCAAAUCUCUUCCAGAUAAUCGUUUUUAG